AUGUCUCAAAGACAAACUAUCCAAUUUGAUACCUCAGAAUCAGGCAAAUCCAACGAUCCAUUCAACGCCGAUGAACUUCAGAACAAAUCGCCCAAAAAGCAAGGCGGUGAUACUCCCUUUGGUUUAUUGGUUCAAAGCUUUACCGCUGCGAAGCUACAGGAGUCUGAGACCGGAACGAUUAACCCUUUCAAGUUGUUUUACGAGGAUGAAAUCACUGGAAAGCCACGGUUUUCUUUUCCUCAAGGGUGCCAUCUGAGCGAAGCAACUAUCAAAGACAUCGGUGAACGGGUCCCAACACAGCCGGUCGUAAUGCAGACAGUGAUUCGUGAAACCCAGGAAACGACGGCGGAAAUUCUGAAAAACACGGAGUUGCAAGGAACUCGGAACGCCUACAUAGGAAACGCUUUUAACGUUCCAGUCCUGCAAACUAAGCUCGUGGAAUUCCCAAGACUGAAGAGCAAGCCCGAGGUCCGGGUCAUAAAAGGAGAUACGUAUGACAUGGCCCUUGAUAUGUAUAAAGCCGAGAACAAAUCAGACCACAUGCCGAUUUGUGUUCUUAACUUUGCCAAUGCCCAGCACCCGGGUGGAGGUUGGCUCCGUGGGGCUCGGGCUCAGGAGGAACAGCUUUUCUACCGAAGCACACUCAGUGGGUGCCUCAACGAGGCGUUCUACCCAUUGGAAGAGUUGGACUGUCUCUAUUCACCUUAUGUGGUCGUUUUCCGAGAGAAUGUCGACAAAUCCUACGAGUUCAUGAAGACACACGGUGUUGUCAGUGUCAUCAGCAUGGCAGCGCAACGCAACCCUCCAUUGACCAAGGAGAAGGACAUGUACAAGAAUAAAGAAGACCAAGAGCUUAUGAAAGCAAAGAUACGCGGUAUUCUGCGCCUGGCUGGACACAACAAUCAUCGCCGUUUGGCCCUCGGUGCCCUUGGUUGCGGUGCCUUUGGCCAUCCCGCUGAGGCAGUGUCCAAUUGCUGGAAAGACGUUCUUCUAGAAGCCGAGUUCAGCGGAUGGUUUGAGCGGAUUCAUUUCAUUAUUCGAGAUGCACCAAACGAGAACAAUUAUGACAUCUUCCUUAAAUCAUUGAACCAUGUAGGCCUCGCCAUGUGA